GUAUUUCACCGCGCUGGACUGGAGAGGCCCGCGCCGCUUUCCGGCAAAGCUUUGGGAUUGGUGGCCGUGGGCCGGAGCUGGAAUGAACCGCGUCCCCGUAGGGGCAAGGCGGAGCUGAGCCGGAGCCAUGGCCAGUACAAUGGUAGCAGUUGGAUUGACCAUUGCUGCUGCAGGAUUUGCAGGUCGUUAUGUUUUACAAGUCAUGAAGCAUGUAGAGCCUCAAGUAAAACAAGCUUUUCAAAGUCUACCAAAAUCUGCCUUCAGUGGAGGCUAUUACAGAGGCGGGUUUGAACCCAAAAUGACAAAACGGGAAGCAGCAUUAAUACUAGGUGUAAGCCCUACUGCCAAUAAAGGAAAAAUAAGAGAUGCUCAUCGACGAAUUAUGCUCUUAAAUCACCCAGACAAAGGUGGAUCUCCAUAUAUAGCAGCCAAAAUCAAUGAGGCUAAAGAUUUACUAGAAGGUCAAGCUAAAAAAUGAAGUAAAUGUAUGAUGAAUUUUAAGUUCAUAUUAGAUUAUGUAUAUGAGCACUGUUUUGUAAUAAAAUGUCUCAAAGCUAA